AUGGGUGGUUGUAUGUCUACGAAUGAUCCUAUAAAUAAAGUAAUUACUAAACAAUUAAAACAAGAUGAAAAAAGAUUAAAGACUGAAGUAAAGUUACUCUUGCUAGGUGCUGGAGAAUCUGGCAAAAGCACAAUAUUAAAACAAAUGAAAUUAAUUCACGCGGCAGGAUUUAACCCUGCAGAGAUAGAAACAUUUAGAUCAAUUGUGUUUCUUAAUAUAAUGCAAUCAAUGAAAUUAGUAAUUGAGGCAAUGGAAUGUCUUAAAAUACCACUUGAUAAUAGUGAUAAUAUGACACCAAGUAUUACCAAAGGUCAGCCAUUUCCGAUUAUUUAUUUUGAGCCUUUAAAAUCACUAUGGGCGGAUUCUGUAUUUUCACCAUCAUAUAUUCCAACUGAUCAAGACAUCCUAAGAUGUAGAAUGAAAACAUCUGGUAUAGUAGAAACUGUAUUUCAUUUAG